UUCACUAUACUAGCAAUCAUUAGUUAAGCUCAAAAAUAUGGUGAAAUCCAAGAUCAUUGGAAAGUUAUUGAAGGCUCAAUAUCUUCAUCAAUUGAUUCUCAAUUCCAAAAGGAGGUCAAAUAAUAAUCAGUUUUCCAACGAAACGCCACGUGGCAAGACAUUAUUGGUGCCAAAUGAUGUGAAAGAAGGACAUUUUGCUGUUUUUUCAGUGAAUCCUGAAGAGGAACCCCAAAGGUUUGUGGUGGAAUUGCAUUGGCUAAAUCAUCCAUCUUUCUUGAAAUUAUUGAAAAAGGCUGAAGAUGAAUAUGGAUUUAGACAAACAGGUGUUCUUGAAUUCCCUUGUCGUGAUGAGGAAUUGGAGAAGGUUCUUGCUGUUGGAUGUUUGAACAAAGUCUCACGUUGAUAAUAAUCAAAAAGAUUUAUUAAGAAGCUGCGUACACAUAUUAUAAGAUGUAAGGUCUUUUGAGAGAAAUCGUACGAACUUGUCACUAGUGCUUUUGCAGUUUAACUAAGUUAUAAUCAACAAGUUGCUACAAAGAUAUCAAAGUGAUGCAAUAGUACUAUUUCCUUCGUUUCAUUUUAUGUGUUUUAGUUUGAUCAGUUACGAAGU